CUCCAAACAAAUUCACGGGAAGCAAAAGAAUUGGUUGUCGUCGACGUUUCAUCAAGCUUCCGCAGCAUAUUUCCGCUCCGUUUGGUAGCAUCGUCGGGUCCGUCGGAACUAAUAUCUUUCCGUUUGACUCCUCCUUGCAGCCUUAUUUAUCUUAUCAGAUCAUCUCUUGCUCAAACGCAACUCAUCUCAUCUCUCCCGUCUCAUCUCACAUCAGACAUACAUACGCCCCCCUCGCCCUAAACAAGAAAAAAACACUCAAACCCCCCACCAACCCAGCCACCAUGUCCAUAAACGAACCCCACAAGUCCCGCAUCAUCGGACACAUGAACAGCGACCACUUCCGCGAAAUAGAAGAGUACCUCCGCGCCUUCAACGGCGUCUCCGCAUCCGCCGCCCGCGGCGCACAAAUCGCAGACAUGACACUCACCGCCAUGACCAUCAAGUCCGUGUCGGGAACACACAGCGUGGCCAUAACCCCACCCCUCAAAGACGCCAACGACGCGCGCAUCGUCCUCGUCGAUAUGGCCAUGGAGGCAAAGCAGAAACUCGGACUCAGCCCUAUCAGAGUAUCGAGUUUCACCCCUCCCUCGGGGUUCGGACUGCUCACUUUCGCGGGCGUGGUGACGUAUUUCGUCUGCGCGGCGACGUACUCCCUCGUCGUGCCGAAGACGCAGGUGUGGGCGCUACUAGACCAGUUUUGGCCGGGCGGCGCGAGCGGGUAUAAGUGGAUUGUUCGCGCGCUUUUUGCGCCGGUGAUUGUGUGUCAUGUUGGGGAGGCGUGGUGGAUGGCGAGGGGUAGGCUGAGGAGACAUAGUGUGGAGUUCGGGAGUAAGGUUUGGUGGCUUUGGACGCUGGGGACGUUUGUGGAGGGGUUGCCUGCUAUGAGGAGGUUUGAUCGCGUUGUUGAGGCGGAGGGGAAGAAGGCGCAUUGAUUGGGGGUGAGGUUUGGAGAUUGGGGAUGAUUUGGGGCUAUUUUUUAGGGCGUGGAAUUAUUAGGUAUGUUUCUAGUUCAAGAUGGACGUCUCUUUGAGAAGGGUAGGAUAGGAUGUGCUGUGUUUGCGAUACGUUGUGUUAUGAGAUUGAGGAAAGGUUAUGGGUAUGUAGGUGACUAAUUUCUGCACCCGAGAAGAUGGCGAGAGGUUCAAGUUUCAAUUAUAGCAGGUAGGCAAUGAAGUGAUUGAUAAUGGAAGCAAUUGAUCUCUAGGCGAUUAUAGAGAAUUGAUUGGCGUCAGAAUGUCUUACGAAUGGCAAGUUGCGCCCUACGAUUAAGACCAAGUGUUUGGUACCUAUGAGCGACAGCUUACUUUACGAUAGUCACAACAAUCAUGAUAAGACGUCAA